AUGGCCUACGAUCAGAAUAUUUUGCGAUCCCGCUUCUGUCAUGCACUUUCGGAAAUGUACAAGAACGAAGUCCCUCUCUACGGAGAUCUAAUUGAUGUGGUCUGGGAAGCAGAUGCGAAAGCAGUUCAAAAUAGCAAGAAUAUGGAAGGUAAUGGCGUUAUCAACCCAGAUGACGUUUUGCCCGCACGGCAUCGUGUUGAGAGACACGGAGCCAUCCGACUGGGUACAGCGUAUGAGCUGAAUACAAUCCGUCGCAUGUUUUCUGUGAUGGGAAUGUAUCCUGUGGGCUACUACGACCUCAGUCUGGCCGGAUUUCCCAUGCACGCCACGGCCUUCCGACCAAAUACCAAAGAGGCACUCGAUAAGAAUCCAUUUCGCGUGUUCACAACGGUCUUGCGCAUGGACCUGUUGACUGAAAGGACUCGGAAAUUAGCACAGAAAGCGUUGGAGCAAAGACAGAUUUUCACGCCCAGACUUCUUGCCCUGUUGGAUAUCGCGGAGAGCCGCGGCUUUUUGACAGCAGAUCAAUGCACAGACCUUAUUAGCAAUGGUCUGGAGACAUUUCGGUGGCAUUCAAAAGCAACGGUCACCCUUGGAGAAUACGAGCAGCUCAAAGCUGAGCAUCCUUUAAUUGCGGACGUUGUCUCUUUCCCAGGCUCGCAUAUCAAUCACUUAACACCUCGGACGAUUGAUAUUGAUCUUGUACAACAAUUGAUGUCAGAUCAUGGAAUGCCUGUCAAGGAGCGUAUCGAGGGGCCGCCAAAACGAUCGUGUCCGAUUCUUCUGCGGCAGACAAGCUUCAAGGCGCUGGAGGAAACCGUUUAUUUCAAGGAUUCGUCUGGUCUAUAUGUGAAGGGCUCCCACACAGCACGCUUUGGGGAAGUGGAGCAGCGAGGCUUCGCUUUGACCCGACAAGGACGCCAGCUUUAUGAUCAAAUCCUGGACCAAGUCAAUAUAACAGCUGUGAAUCAUAAUUUGAAAGGAAAGGCCUAUGAAAAGCUAUUGGAAGACCGCUUCAAAGAGUUUCCUGAUAAUCUGUCGGAACUCCACGACCUGGGACUGGGAUUUUUCACCUAUCAGUUGACACCGCUGGGUCAUCAGUUGGCUAAUGAAGGCGUCCUAUUAUCGGAGGAGCAACGGUCCCCAAUCUCACUUCAGGAUCUUCUCAGAAAGCAACUCCUGAGUUACGAGGCUAUCACAUAUGAAGACUUCCUUCCUUUGUCUGCAGGGGGAAUUUUUAAUUCCAACUUGGGUGGUAUCUCCCAGUCCAAGCAACUGAUAAUGAGCGCGGAUCCAGACCUCGAUGGUUUUCAGCGACUCCUUGGGGCCUGUGUGGCGGAUGAGUUCCAUUUAUAUGCCGAUAUGCAACAGAGAUCUUUGGAAAUCUGCCGACAGAAACUACAUUUAAAGAAGAUUGUGGUAUAG